UCACGUGAGUGCGCAGGCGCAGCUCGGCACAGUUCGCUCCCUCACACAAAGCCCAGACGCGGAGAAAAUGGCGGCAGGGGUCGAAGCGGCGGCCGAAGUGGCAGCGACAGAUCCCAAAAUGGAGGAAGAGAGCGGCGCGCCCUGCGUGCCGAGCGGCAACGGAGCCCCAGGCCCGAAGGGUGAAGGAGAACGACCUACUCAGAAUGAGAAGAGGAAGGAGAAAAACAUAAAAAGAGGAGGCAAUCGCUUUGAGCCAUAUACCAAUCCAACUAAAAGAUACAGAGCCUUCAUUACCAACAUACCUUUUGAUGUAAAAUGGCAGUCACUUAAAGACCUGGUUAAAGAAAAAGUUGGUGAGGUAACAUACGUGGAGCUCUUAAUGGACGCUGAAGGAAAGUCAAGGGGAUGCGCUGUUGUUGAAUUCAAGAUGGAAGAGAGCAUGAAAAAAGCUGCUGAAGUUUUAAACAAGCAUAGUCUGAGUGGAAGACCACUGAAAGUCAAAGAAGAUCCUGAUGGUGAACAUGCAAGGAGAGCAAUGCAAAAGGCUGGAAGACUUGGAAGCACGGUAUUUGUAGCAAAUCUGGAUUAUAAAGUUGGCUGGAAGAAACUGAAGGAAGUAUUUAGUAUGGCUGGUGUGGUGGUCCGAGCAGACAUUCUGGAAGAUAAAGAUGGGAAAAGCCGUGGAAUAGGCACUGUGACUUUUGAACAAUCCAUUGAAGCUGUCCAAGCUAUAUCUAUGUUCAAUGGCCAGCUGCUGUUUGAUAGACCAAUGCACGUGAAAAUGGAUGAGAGGGCCUUACCCAAGGGAGAUUUUUUCCCUCCUGAACGACCACAGCAACUUCCCCAUGGACUUGGUGGUAUUGGCAUGGGAUUAGGACCUGGAGGGCAGCCUAUUGAUGCCAACCACUUGAACAAAGGCAUUGGAAUGGGAAACCUAGGGCCUGCAGGAAUGGGAAUGGAAGGCAUAGGAUUUGGAAUAAAUAAAAUUGGAGGCAUGGAAGGACCCUUUGGUGGUGGUAUGGAAAACAUGGGGCGAUUUGGAUCUGGGAUGAACAUGGGCCGAAUAAAUGAAAUCCUAAGUAAUGCACUGAAGAGAGGAGAGAUCAUUGCAAAGCAGGGAGGAGGUGGAGCUGGAGGCAGUGUCCCUGGGAUCGAGAGGAUGGGCCCUGGCAUUGACCGCAUUGGCGGUGCUGGCAUGGAGCGCAUGGGCGCAGGCCUAGGCCAUGGCAUGGAUCGAGUGGGCUCUGAGAUUGAGCGUAUGGGCCUGGUCAUGGACCGCAUGGGCUCAGUUGAGCGCAUGGGCUCUGGCAUCGAGCGCAUGGGCCCACUAGGUCUUGACCACAUGGCCUCCAGUAUUGAGCGCAUGGGCCAGACCAUGGAGCGCAUUGGCUCUGGCGUGGAGCGCAUGGGUGCCGGCAUGGGCUUUGGCCUGGAGCGCAUGGCCGCGCCCAUUGACCGAGUGGGUCAAACCAUUGAGCGCAUGGGCUCUGGUGUAGAGCGCAUGGGCCCUGCCAUUGAGCGUAUGGGCCUGAGCAUGGAUCGCAUGGUGCCCACAGGCAUGGGGGCCAGCCUGGAGCGCAUGGGCCCUGUGAUGGAUCGUAUGGCAACCGGCCUGGAGCGUAUGGGCGCCAACAACCUGGAGCGCAUGGGCCUAGAGCGCAUGGGAGCCAACAGUCUGGAGCGCAUGGGCCUGGAGCGAAUGGGAGCCAACAGUCUGGAGCGAAUGGGCCCUGCCAUGGGCCCAGCAUUAGGCGCUGGCAUUGAGCGAAUGGGCCUGGCCAUGGGUGGCGCUGGAGGUGCUAGCUUUGACAGAGCCAUUGAGAUGGAGCGGGGCAACUUUGGAGGAAGCUUCGCAGGUUCCUUUGGCGGAGCUGGAGGCCAUGCACCUGGAGUAGCCAGGAAGGCCUGCCAGAUAUUUGUGAGAAAUCUCCCAUUUGAUUUUACAUGGAAGAUGCUAAAGGACAAAUUCAAUGAAUGUGGCCAUGUGCUGUACGCCGACAUCAAGAUGGAGAACGGAAAGUCCAAGGGGUGCGGUGUGGUUAAAUUUGAGUCUCCAGAGGUGGCUGAGAGAGCCUGCCGGAUGAUGAAUGGCAUGAAGCUGAGUGGCCGAGAGAUUGAUGUUCGAAUCGAUAGAAAUGCUUAAGCAGUUGCCUUUUUUAAACAUCAAUACCAGACCUCUGAAUUUGUAUUUUUUCUUGUUAACCAUUUUAAUUUGUUGGCUGGAUGUAUAAAGAUGUUUAAAAAAUUCAGUUGCUUUUUGGGGUAAUUUGAAUUAAUUUUUUUAAUAAGUGGGGUUCCAUUUGAUUGUUUGCAUUGAGAUUGCAAUGUGCGCAAUUUUUUUUGUAGUUGUGGCAUCUUGUUGACAUCAAAUAUGACUUUGAUAAUAAAUACCAGUUCCUGAAA